GUGGUGUUUGGCACUGGCAGAGGACAAAUACCCGACUCGAUCCCGCUGUAUCUCACUGCUGCACCGCGACUUACUUGGAGAAGAAAUGGCGAACUCCGACCGAGCCGACACUGCAAUAGCCUUCGUCUACAGGGGCACGUUUGUCCACUCGACUCAGCAAACGGCGCUACAGAUCCUGGAAGAUGCGCUCCUGGGAGUGGAUGCACAGGGAAAGAUUGCUUUUAUUAGGGAAGGCAAGGAGUUAGAAAAACUGUCCCAGACCUUUGGAUUCAAAACAUCUGACAUCACUCAGUUGGCACAACAUGAGUUCUUCAUGCCAGGACUUGUAGAUACCCACAUCCAUGCAUCACAGUACAGCUACGCUGGCACCGCAUUGGACAUGCCGUUACUGCAGUGGCUUAAUGCUUACACCUUUCCUGUGGAGUCAUGCUUCAAGGACUUGGAGUUCGCCCGCAAGGUCUACACUCAAAUAGUGAGAAGAACUCUGAGAAAUGGAACAACGACUGCAUGCUACUUUGCUACGAUUCACACUGAAGCUUCUCUGUUGCUGGGCCAGAUUGCAAAUGACUUUGGACAGCGUGCUUUGGUUGGCAAGGUGUGCAUGGACAGGAACGAUUGUGUGAAACAUUACAAAGAGACCUUGCAGGACUCUCAAGACGAGACCUGUCGGUUCAUUAAAGAGCUUCUGGAGAAAAAGUACCCUUUAGUGAAGCCUGUGGUGACUCCCCGUUUCGCUCCAUCCUGCACAGGAGCGUUGCUCGAGCAGCUGGGAGAAAUCGCUAAAAAUAACAACCUGCACAUUCAGAGUCAUAUCAGUGAAACUCAUGAGGAAGUAAAGCUUGUAAAGGAGCUGUUUCCCGAAUCAGAGUCUUACACAGAUGUCUAUCGCAAACACAACCUGCUAACUGACAAGACAGUGAUGGCCCACGGGUGCCACCUCAGUGAUGAAGAGUUGGCUCUGUUCAGAGAGACUGGAGCCUCUUUGUCCCACUGUCCCAAUUCCAACUUUUCGUUGUGCAGUGGAGUGUUAAAUGUCCGCAACGUCCUGAAACACAAAGUAAAGUUGGGGCUGGGAACAGAUGUGGCUGGAGGCUACUCCGCCUCUAUGCUCGAUGCUGUGAGGAGAGCUCUGGAUGCAUCUAAAGUCUUGACCAUCCAGGACCCAAAAUACAAAACACUCAGUUUUGAGGAGGUGUUCAGAAUAGCCACACUGGGAGGCAGUCAGGCCUUGUCCUUAGAUGACCAAACAGGGAACUUUGAAGUUGGCAAAGACUUUGAUGCCCUGAGGAUUAAUGUAGCUGCUGAGGGUGGGCCUAUCGAUCUCAUCCAGGACGAGGAACCAAAGAUUCUUUUGGAAAAAUUCUUGAAUUUGGGUGAUGAUCGUAACAUCGUGGAGGUGUUUGUAGCUGGCAGGAGGGUGGUGCCGAUCACAGAAUAAAUACAACUGUACCUGUCUCACAGCCUAAAAUACAGGUCCAGGAUAUCCAACACGACAGAAAUCAACCCUGUGCCUGCAAAAGAGACAAAAUUGAAUUAAUCAGAGCAUAAAACAGAGACUGUAUUUCAAUUCACACAAGCCCAGUGGUAACCUGAGCUGGAAUACAAUCUGCUGCAUGAGUCUUUAAACACAACUGCUACAAUGUAAAAAGGAGAAUAAGGGAUUUAAUAACUGAACUUUGCACUUUUUUAGACGGUUGUUGCCAGAAGAGAGCCAGGUGUGUGUCAUUUUUGCCUACUACUAAUGCACCACCACUCUCUGAUUAACAAAGCACUUUUUUAAAUCUUCCAUUUGUUCACAAAGUCAUCAUGAUU